AUGUUGGCUAUCAUAUUCCCAUUUUACUUGAUAAUCUCUGCUCAGUGCUCAGAGUUGGACAUUACUAUAGAUGACUAUGAAAUUAUUGAUGGAAUACGUGUUCUUAAAGAGAAAAUAGUUCAAGGUGAAAACAAGGAUGAAGUCAUUAACAAGGAAGAUGUGAAAGGCAGCGAAGACAAUGAGGAARUAAGUGAUGACGGCGAUGAUAACGAUGAAGAAGAGAUGUACGAUGAUGUAUUAAGUGAAGACGACGCAACAGAGGAAGACGAAGAGAUCACCAGACAUUUGCCAACUGAUUGCCAUGUGUGUAGAUUGGUUGUGCUAGAACUACAGCACAGAUUGGCUCAUUUUGGCCGAGUACGGAAAGAAAGAGAAAGCAAACCGCCUAUAUACUAUAAAGAGAGAGUUAAGAGUGUGUUUAGACGCCAACUCGAAGACGCUAUGAAAGGUUCAAAGAUUAAAAAGUUCACGUUUUUGACGUCUGAAGAUGGUAUUGAUGACCCAACGGGAGAAAUUGGAAGGCUACAAAAAAAGUGUCAUAAACUAUUGGUUAAACAUCAGCACACAAUCGUKUACUGGUUCAUGAAGAAACAAUCACGUGACUUGACGGACUGGUUCUGUCGYAAAAGAGUUCUUGACGUCGGUGAUCGAAAUUGUUUAGAUGCUGAAAUUCCAGUGGUACAAAGAAUAAGAAAUAAUUCUUCCAAGAAUAAGAAUCAAACUAAAGAUAAAGUGAAAAGAGAGGAGCUGUGAAAAAUGUAGGGCAAACAUGGUCAAUACAUGGAUAAAAGACACUGAUGAGUCCUAACUUGGCGUAAUCAAGUAAUCAAUGCGACAUUUUAGGCCCUGUUUACAUGAGAUAG